AUGGAGUUUGACAGUGGAUCAAGUGUAUCUGUGUGCAGUAGAGAGAUGCUGAAGAAAGCUGGUGUGGAGUUUAAGUUGAGAAGUAGUGAUAGGCAACUGCGUGUGGCGAAUGGUCAAUACCAGCAGGUAUGCGGUAAAGCAGUUGUGGAAGUGGCGAUAAACAACCAGAUUGUGAAAGGGUUGGAACUGUAUGUGGUGGAUAAUCACUUUCCAGCACUGUUUGGACGCUCUUGGAUUACAGAGUUUUGUGGUGAAAACUGGUUAGAAAAGUUAGUAACGAGAACACAGGGCCAAACAGCAGAAGUUGGACAGCUACAGAGACCAACAAAAGAGGUUGAACUGGAGAGAACUGAUGGAAACUGUAGCGCACACGAAGGAGAAUUUCCUGGGACUCAAGAAGGAGUACGAACAGUGAACGUGUUGGGAGUUAUGGAAUCAGAACCAGUGACAGAUACCGCCAAGAGAAAGUUUAAAACUGGACAACGAUGUGAGGACGAAGAGACUGCUCCUGGAACACAUCAGUUGAGAAAUUUUGUUAGUGUGGACGAUGAAACAGAUCCUGGAACACCAACAAAGAUACGGACAGUACAAGAGAUAAUGUCUAGUGACAUCUUCAAAGAUGAGUUAGGUCUGGUAAAGAACUAUAAAGUGCAACUCCAAUUGAAGGAGGGAAGCAGACCUGUCACGCAGAAAUCAAGAGCAGUACCUUUUGCUAUUAAAGACUUACUGGAAAAGGAGUUAGACAACAUGGUGAAACAAGGAAUUUUGAAGAAAGUCAAAGAGAGCCCAUGGGGAACUCCAGUUAUGCCAGUGAAAAAAGGAGACGGUGUGAGAAUAUGUGGAGACUUUAAAGCAGUCAACAAACUAUUGGAAAUGAAACAUCACCCGUUACCAACUACAGAAGAAUGUUUUGCAAGCGUUUCGGGAGGAGAAAAGUUCUCAGUCAUAGACAUAAAACAAGCGUACAAUAACGUGGAGCUAUCAACAGAAGAUCAACUCAUCACGACAAUGAAUACGCAUAUGGGACAGUAUGUGUGGACGCGCUUACCGUAUGGAAUAAAUAGCAGCGCAGCAAUCUUUCAGAAUCUGAUGGACAAUGUACUACGGGGUAUACCUAUGGUUUGCUGUAGGAUAGACGACAUUUUAAUAUCAGGAAAGAACGAUAAAGAGCACUUAGAUAAUCUGAAUAAAGUUGUGAGAAGACUGGAAGCAAACGGUUUCAGAUGCAGACUGAAUAAAUCUAAGCUGAUGCAUGAAGAAGUGAUUUAUCUAGGACACAAGGUGAACAAGCAUGGUAUGUCACCAGUCAACAGCAAGAUAGACGAUCUGUUAAAAGUACAGGCACCUGAAAAUGUGAAAAAUUUAGUAGCAUUUCUGGGAGCAGUUGGGUAUUAUCGCAAGUAUCUACCAGAUUUGUCGACAAUAAUCGCUCCAUUGGACGAGUUGAGAAAGACUGAAGUUGAAUGGCGAUGGACAAAGACUGAACAGAAAGCCUUCGAAGAAUUAAAGAAAUUACUUUGUUCUGACAGAGUAUUGACGUUCUACAACCCGCUGAAACGUUUGAAGCUGGAUACAGACGCAAGCAGCGUGGGUUUGGGAGCUGUAUUGUCACACAUAGAUGAUGAUGGAACAAAUGAACGUCCGGUUGAAUUUAUUUCAAGGACAUUAUCGAAUGCUGAGAAAAAAUAUAGCCAGAUUGACAAAGAAGCUUUAGGGAUAGUCUGGGCUAUAAAAAGGUUUCAUAUGUAUCUGUAUGGAAGACACUUUGAACUAGUGACGGAUCACCAACCGUUAGUACAUAUAUUUGGACCUAAGAGAGGCAUUCCAGAGAUGACGGCGAACAGAUUAUCCAGAUAUGCACUGCUGUUACAAAAUUACGAUUAUAACAUAGUAUACAGAAAUACAAAAGAGCAUGCUAAUGCUGAUGUAAUGUCCAGAUUCCCGAAAAAAGUCAUUCAUGUGGACGAGCCAAACGAAUGUGAAGAGGCAUUUUCUUUGACCAUGGAGGACGCACUGAUAGAUGCAAAAGAAGUUGCCCGGGAGACAUCCAAAGACAUUAUUCUGAGCAAGAUAGCGAUGUACAUUGUAGAUGGCUGGCCGGAAAAGAUAGACAAAGAUCACAAGGAGAUGAAAGCCAUGUACGACAGAAAGAACCAACUCACGACUGAAAAAAGAUGUAUCACAUGGGGAAAUCGUGUAAUCAUUCCACAUAAACUAAGAGCAGAGGUUCUUAAGAUGCUACACCUUACACAUGUAGGGAUGACUGGAAUGAAAAGCCUGGCUAGAAGCUAUGUGUGGUGGCCAGGAAUAGACCAAGAUAUAGAGAUUUUAGUUAAAGCAUGUGCAUCCUGCCAAAAACACGGGAAAAAGUUACCAAAAGUCAUCGACCAUCCCUGGGUUAAAUCAACAAGACCCUGGCAACGAGUACAUGUGGACUUCGCUGGAGAAUUCCAAAAUAACUAUUGGUUACUGAUGUACGAUACUUACUCAAAAUGGCCGGAAGUUAUCAAGAUGUCUCAUAACACUACUGCGCCAGCUACGAUAAAAGCAAUGAGAAGAGUAUUUUCAAGAACAGGGGUACCUUGGGUUCUAGUCAGCGAUAACGGACCACAAUUUAUCAGUGAAGAAUUCAAGAACUUCCUAAAGAAGAAUCAGAUAAGACAUGUUUUGUGCCCAUCAUACUCCCCGAGGAGUAACGGAAGCUGCGAACGGUUUGUCCAGAGUUUUAAGUCAGCGAUGAAAAAGAUGUACGAAAAGUCUAAGGAUUUAGAUUUAAAUCUCGCUAACUUCCUAAUGGCAUAUAGGAAUACUCCACACUCUGUAACUAAGCAACCACCAGCAGUAAUGAUGUACGGACGAACUUUACGAUCUAAGUUACAUCACCUCAGACCCAGUGAUCAGAUGGAAGCGGAACGACUGGAUGUUGAUAAUGAACAAAAAGUUGUUGACAGUAAAAGAAACGAACGUGUAUUUGAGGAGAAACAAACAAUAUGGGUUCGACCGGACACUCGGAAAGAGUACGAACCAGCAACGAUUGAAAAAAGACACGGAGAAUCACUGUGGUAUGAUGUGAACUACAAGGGCAGGAUCAUAAAGAAACAUGUAGAUGCGAUGAAGAAACGGUUAGUGCCAGUAAUCGAGUUACAGAAGCAGCAAAUUGAGAUACCAGAAAGAAACACUGAGCCGAGGAAUAUUGAACAACCUGUGAUAACAGUUCAGCAGCAGCCGGGUCCAAGUAGAGAAGGAGCGCCAGCUGUGACUAGUAACCAACCGACACAAUCUAGCACUCAGAUCAGUGGUCAGGAGCCAGUUAGACGCUCGGGCAGGUUGAGUGCAAAACCUCAGAUCAGGUAUAAUGCAAACACCGGGUUCGUGAACCCGUGA